GUUGCUAUGACCUCAUUACACAAACAGUACACUCAACUCUCUUUAGAUCCGUUUAUUAAAAAAAAACAAAAUCCCGAUGGAGUCAUCAGCAGCAGCAACCAAGCCAGCGAGAGGUGGAAGAAGGGGAGGAGACCGCAAGAAGAGCGUCUCCAAGUCCGUCAAAGCCGGUCUCCAGUUCCCCGUCGGUCGUAUCGCUCGUUACCUUAAGAAAGGCCGUUACGCGGUCAGGUACGGCUCCGGCGCUCCGGUCUACCUCGCCGCUGUUCUCGAGUACCUCGCCGCCGAGGUUCUUGAGCUAGCUGGAAACGCGGCGAGGGAUAACAAGAAGAACAGGAUAAACCCGAGGCAUCUUUGUUUGGCGAUAAGGAACGAUGAGGAGCUGGGGAAGCUGUUGCACGGUGUGACGAUAGCGAGUGGCGGUGUGCUUCCGAAUAUCAACCCGGUUCUGCUUCCUAAGAGGACUGCUGGUUCGUCUCAAGGUGAGAAAGUGAAAGCAGAGAAAGUGAAAGCUUCUUCGCCGGCUAAGAAGCUUUCUCCCAAGAAGGGUUGAAAACGGUGUCGCUUUGUUUUGUUUAGGGUUUCUCAUUAAUGUUAUUUAUGUUUUUAUACAUUUGUAAUGAAGGAAUCUACUUCUCUGGGUAUGUUUCUGAGUUUCUGUCUAAUCAAAUAAAAUAAAUAAAAUAUCUUUCUGGA